CAUUACCAGGUUAGGGUUUAGGGCUUGGAGGAGAUGGGGGAGCGGGAAGAGAGGAAGCGGCACCCCCGCGACGGUGAGUAUCACCAUAGUAAAGAGAAGGAUAACAAGAGCGGCGGCGGUCACAGCUACAGAAAUGCCAGGGAGCGCGAAAGAGAUCGAGACCGAGGCCGCGAACGCGAGCGCGAUCGCGAGCGUGACAAGGAUUAUCGCGAGCGCGACAGAGAUAAUCGGGACUGGGACAGGGAUCGCCGGGAUAGGGAGCCCGUUGACAGGAAUCACAGGGAUUACAGGAAGAGGGCACGGUCCAAGUCCGUGACACCCGAAAAGCACGAUGGAAAACGAAAGAAAGAGGCACAGGUGAAGCCCAGCGCCACAGAGAAGCCGCAGGAGCAGCCACCACAGCCCGUGGCUUUGGAGCCUCUAGCGGACGAAGAAGACAUGAUGAAGAGCUUUGGCAUUCCUCUCAACUUCGACUCCACCAAGGGAAAAUGCGUGCCUGAUGCAAACCAGAGUGCGGUGAAGCUGGCUUCCAAGCGCCAGCCGCGGCAGUACAUGAACAGAAGAGGAGGAUUCAACCGACCGCUACCCGCUGAGCUCAACAGAUGAAAACUGUAGUUUAGAGCCGGAUGAUUGAUGAAUCUGAGGUAACGAGAAAAUGACGUAAUUUCUCUCAAACAGCAGUCUCUACUGAUUAUACUUGCGUGAAACAGGCACCCUCUUGUCUAGACGGUAAGUUCGGCGAGAUAAUGCUCCACGAUAGAACAGGGAAUUGAUGAUUGUUCAUUGCGUCAGAAGGCCGAGUGAUCUACAAAGAGAUCUCGGCACAAGGGUUUUGCCUUUCUCCGUAAUUGCACUAGAGAAAUGUCUCUCGCCAGCACAAUAGCUUCCACUGUUCGUGCCUGGUUUGUGUACUAUAAUGUGAAACCCUGCAUUGUUUUGCCAUUACAA